UAUUUGUACAUCCGAAAGGAACUGGAUUGGAUGUUGGCGGAGGCUAUAUACGGAACCAAGCGAGUCAUGGUGGCAGUGGAGGCAGUGGCAGCAGCAGCAGUGGCUUCUUUAGCAGAAGAGCUGGAAGUAAAAGAGGUGAAUAAUUAUGGAAAACAUCAACAAAUAUUUAUUGAACUAUAAAGGCUAUAAUUUUUUAUCUACUGCUAUAAAUGAUAUUGACUUUAUAGAAAAUAUGGAGGAUUUUGAAAUUCAAGAUGAUGAUGUCUUCAUAAUUACAUAUCCAAAAUCUGGUACCAUCUGGACUCAGCAGAUAUUAAGCUUGAUUUACUUUGAGGAACAUCGUAACAGCACUGAAAAUGUGAAAACGAUUGAUAGAAUUCCCUUCUUUGAAUACAUUAGGCCCAAAAUGGACUUUGUCAAGAGACCAUCCCCUCGUCUCUUUGCAUCUCACCUCCCAUAUUAUUUAGUACCAAAAGGUCUCAAGAGCAAAAAAGCUAAAAUUAUUUAUGUCUACAGAAACCCCAAAGAUGUUUUGAUUUCAUACUUUCAUUUUACAAAUUUAAUGGUUUUAUGUGAAGCUAUGGAUAACAUGGAGCAAUUCAUGGAAAAAUUUCUAGAAGGAAAAGUAGCAGGAAGCCUUUGGUUUGAUCACAUUAGAGGCUGGUAUGAGCACAGACAUGACUUCAAUAUUCUGUUCAUGAUGUAUGAAGAAAUGAAAAAGGAUCUCAGAAGUUCUGUGCUUAAAAUCAGCAGCUUUCUUGAGAAAGAACUGAGUGAAGAGGACGUGGAAGCUAUUGUGAAACAGGCUACAUUUCAGAACAUGAAGUCUGAUCCAAAAGCAAAUUAUGAGGAAAUUCUAAACAAUGAACUUUGGAAAAGAACAGAGGGACACUUUAUGCGCAAAGGGGUUGUUGGAGACUGGAAACGUCACUUGACAGUGGAGCAAAAUGAGAGAUUUGACAAGGUAUUCCAAAGGAAGAUGCAAGAUGUCCCCUUGAAGUUCAUCUGGGAUAUAAAUGAGGAGGAGAAUCAGUUCAAUUCUCAGAUAACCUACUAACUAGGAAGCAUAUUUUAAUAUACACAUUGAUUUAUACUUCUUAUGCAAAUGUUAAUUACAAAACUUCAUUGCUAAAAAAAUGAGUAACCUGUGCUGAGACUAGUUGCCCUGAGUUUGAUAAACACUUUGAAAUUUCAAAAAUUACACUGAUUCAGGAGAUAGUCUGCACUGGUGGUCUGUGUUACAAAGUGAAAAACAGGAAGCAUGUAAUGUGAAUUAUAAAUGUUCUGAGAGAGAUUUCUGUAGUGUGCAUUUUUUAAUCUACAAUUAAAUUAACUAUCAAUGAAA